AUGCUGUGCACGGACCAGCUGCGCACGGACCAGGACCUCAGUUUUGACCUCUUGUCCCUAGGUUUGAGCCUCGCUCACCAUCGCUUCGUCGCGACACUGGGGAAGCUCUGCGCGGACAAGACGGUCCAUGAAAAACGCACCACUGCGGAAUUCUCCGCGCUGUUCAAAGGUCCGGCAGACCGCUCCGGGUAUGGGGACCUGGAGCUACGCGACAAGUACCUGAGCGGCAUCCCCUCCCGCGUCUACCGCAAAAUCGAGCUCGAGACCUUCACCACGUGGCAAGCAGCUGAGAAGCGCGCCACUGAGGUCGAGCAAAUCCUCGACAUCAGCCGGGCCCGUCGGCCCGAGCUAAAUAACUUCUUCUCGGCCCGAGGUCGAGGGCGCGGAGGGGCACGUGGUGGUGCACCCCAGUCACACGCAGCUUCGGCCAGCAUCAAUGUGGCCGUCGGAAAAGGCAACUUCCCCGGCACAUGCUUCGGCUGUGGGAAGCAAGGGUACCAACGAUUCGAGUGCCCUAAUUGUAAGGACAAACCUUACACAAAACGCGCCGAUGCGCGGGCUAUGGCCGCCUCGGGCUCCACCCAGGCUGCGACAAGCGCCCCCGUCACGACAUCACCCUCGGCAAGUAUAAGUGCCGCUUCAGCGAAAUCCGAGCAAUUGGAGCUGGCGGACUUAAUGGCACAGGUGAAGUCGAUGCGCGAGGAGCUCGAGCACUAUCGAGUGAUGAAGGAGGAGGGUUUUUGA